ACCCCUCAUUCAGAAUUAGUGACUCCUCCUCAGCACUCUCUCCAGACCCUUAUCAACACCCUCGCUAUCUUGAAACCUAGAAGGUGAACUCCUUGAGCAAUUCCAGACCUUUGUCUCAAGAAAUCGCUCUCACAACGACUGUCGGGAUGUAACGAGCGGUUAUUAAAUGUCCAGGUCACAAUUUAGGUUUACAGCAAAAAUGCUUUCAGAACAGACAGCAUCCCUGGGGACAGGAUGGGAGUCAAUGAAUGUCCAGAUGGAUGGAGCAGAGCCCCAGGUGGAAAGGAGAAUCCAGGAAGAAGGGCCAUGGAGAACAGCACCAGGGCCGCUGGAGCACCUGUGCUGUGACCUUGAAGAGGAGCCACAGUCCCUUCAGGAGAAGGCUCAGUCAGCUCCCUGGGUUCCUGCCAUUCCCCAGGAAGGGAGCACUGGAGAUUGGGAGAUGGCAGCUGCACUUCUUGCGGCAGGAUCACAGGGCCUGGUAACCAUCAAGGAUGUGUCACUGUGCUUCUCUCAGGAGGAGUGGCGGAGCCUGGACCCUUCUCAGACAGACUUUUACGGAGAAUAUGUCAUGCAGGAAAACUGUGGGAUAGUGGUCUCGCUAAGAUUUCCAAUUCCCAAACUGGAUAUGCUUUCUCAACUAGAAGGAGGGGAGGAACAAUGGGUCCCUGACCCCCAGGACUUAGAAGACAGGGACAUCCUGAGGGUCACAUAUACAGGAGAUGGAAGUGAGCAUGAGGGGGAUACCCCUGAACUAGAAGCAGAACCUCCCAGAAUGUUAUCUAGUGUGUCUGAAGAUACUGUUCUCUGGAACCCAGAGCAGGAUGAGAGCUGGGAUUCCAUCCCCAGGAGCUCCAGAGGAAUGCUCCUGGGCCCACCUUUUCUUCAGGAAGAUAGCUUCUCAAACCUUCUGUGUAGCACAGAAAUGGAUUCCCUGUUAAGACCGCACACGUGCCCCCAGUGUGGGAAACAGUUUGUGUGGGGCUCCCACCUUGCCAGGCACCAGCAAACACACACUGGGGAGAGGCCCUACAGCUGCCUCAAGUGUGAGAAGAGCUUUGGGCGAAGACAUCACCUGAUCCGACACCAGAAAACCCACCUACAUGACAAGCCUAGCAGGUGCUCUGAGUGUGGCAAGAAUUUCCGAUGCAACUCCCAUCUGGCCAGCCACCAGAGAGUGCAUGCAGAAGGCAAAUCCUGCAAGGGCCAAGAGGUUGGAGAGAGCCCGGGGGCUAGGAAACGGCAGCGCGCCCCACCAGUGCCAAAGUGCCACGUGUGCACAGAGUGUGGGAAGAGCUUUGGCCGACGGCACCACCUGGUGAGACACUGGCUGACCCAUACUGGGGAGAAGCCCUUCCAGUGCCCUCGCUGUGAGAAGAGUUUCGGCCGUAAACAUCACCUGGACAGGCACCUGCUGACCCACCAGGGACAGAGUCCCCGGAACAGCUGGGACAGAGGGACAUCUGUCUUUUGAAAUCUGUUUCUGCUGCAGCUGUGGUCACAUCUGUCAGCUGGUGCUACCAGGAGUCUCUACCAGAGCUGCCCCUCUCCUACAGCCCAGUGGCCAGAAUCAUGAGCCCUGGCCCCAUCCUUAGAAAGAUGUGGUUCCACCAUUGGCCAGAGCAUUUCUCACCAGUUCUGUGAGAUGUCACAUGAAAUAGAGUUCUUUGGGCAAAAACUUUUGGGAAACAGUGCUUCCUCCAUGGGCUGAUAUUCAGCCUUAGCCCUCUCUCCAGGGUAGAGAAGAACCAGCAAUUUGUGACUAAGGCCCAUUCUGAUUGGUUGGAGCCUCUGCCAUAUCCGUUGUUAAAUAUUUUGAGUAUCAGUUUUGUAUAACUAUUCUCUUCUAUAUAUGUAGAGAAAGACCAUAUGAACAUAUUAAAGGCUCUGAAAACAUAUGGAGUAGAGCAAAUGGUUAAACCUCUUUUAAUGCAGUGUUUCCUAAAUUUAUUUGACCUCAGUAUCUUUUUCAUCUCACAUCCCACAGAACUGGUGACUCCAUUAAACACACUGGUGAACACUGAGUUGAAGAGUAAUGAGGAAGCAGGAAAGAGAUAGUGAUCAGGCACCCAGAGCCUCCUUUUUUAAUCCAAAUGAAAGCUGAGGAGCAGACCUCAUUCCUGUGUGGGCCCAUCACCUUUAUCCUGAUCAUCUGAAUAUACAUCCACACCUCUCAACUGACCUGCUGAAAAAUAGAAACAAUAACUUUCUCACCCCCUUAUUCUUGCCCUCUUCACCCUGCAUAUACAUAUAUCCAGCUGAGAGAUCACACUACGAGUGCUAAGAGAUGGACCUUAUACUCUUAAAUAACCCAGGCCCACACAGAAGAAAAAUACUUUAUCCCCUUGAACAGACCCUUCUCCUCUUGACCGUGUCUUUAUGUGUCUAUGUGUAUCUGUGUGCAGGGUCUUUGAAGAGAGCAUGCAAAGUGCAAACUGUAUAAGCUAGAUUUUCUAGGGGCUGUGUUCUGGGGAUGCGGGUAGUGGGGAUUGUAUGGGGUUUUCUGUUUUGUUUCAAGAUAGUAAGCUGAGUGAUUAAGGGAGCCCUAGUGGAAAGAGUUCAGUUGUGGGUGUUGAGGUAUAAAGCCUUCUCCAGUAUCACUGAGAUCAAGACAGCCAUGGAUAUAUACGUCUAGGUUUGAAUCUCUGGGCCACAGAUUCUUUUUGCCUGCGUAGAGAGAGAAAGAGACAUCCUCAGUGAGGUGAGCUGUUUCUUGUUGAUUUCAGACAAGGUGCAUAUAGAAGCUUUGUGCUGAGUGGGUUUUUUUUGUUCUUAUUUUAAGUGCUGGGAAAUUAUGGCAGGAGUCACAGUGCUUGCAGGUUGUCAUCACUCUUGUUUGACCUUGAUUGCCUCAUCAAGGGGGCAUAGUUAUUCUUGAGGACUUCAUUCUCCUAGAAAUAGAACUUUAGGGGAAAUGGCUGUGGCUUAGCUUUUUGGCUGAUGCAGGGUAGUGAGCUUUCCAGUUGAUUUUCCUCCAGUUCUGAAAAGGUGUCUACACUAAGACUCUUAACUAAGAACUUGCACAAGUAUUCUAGCACCCACUAGUUAAUGAGUUGGUCAUUGUUUCUCUUUAUUGAUGAUGUGUUAAUACCAAUCUUAUAAUUUAUAAAUUAUCUUGUAUGUAAGAGCAGUUUGUGGGUAGGGAGGGAGAGGCACAGAGGAUGGAAGUGGGAUAUUUUCUCUUUAAUACUUAGAUACUGGUUUUCUCUUAACACACUUAUUUCUCAGCUACAGUUGGUGGAACUAACCAGAGAGGCAAGAGAAAGUGAGCUGCAACAAUCUAGUUUAAUGACUCUUCCAUUUGCUUAGGAAAAACUGGGUUAAUCAUAGUUCCUCAGAGUCCUGGGCCCAAAUGGAGCCGAAAAUAAGGUCACUUUGCUGACUGGGCUUCUUAGAGUGGAUAUGACUUGAGCAAUCUCGCCCCUACCUCCUUUCUGCUCUAAGCAGCAUUCCUUCUUGCCUGGAAUGCACUUCUCUUGCUUAUGUUCCUAUGAAUAGAGCAAAAUGGCCAGCCCUUUGUAAGGCAUCCUUUGUCCUAGGUCCUAAGAGAUAGAAGCAUUUUAGUAGAAGGAUCAGUAACAGGAGAUGCCCUAGGGAAACUGGACCCCAUUGGUAAAACUGGACUAUAUCAUUUCUUUUACCUUCCCACUAUGCCUCAUUCAUUAACACAAAUCAGCUCUAUGGGAGCAAUGAUUCAAAACCUGUUUUGGAUCACAGACCCUUUUGAGAAUCUGAUGAAAACCAAAAACUCACUUUUGAGAAAAAAGAUGUUAGUAAUCAUUCUAUUUUGCAUACACAUUUAGCAGGUUCAGAGCCCAUCCAUGGAAUCACUAAACUGAGGUCAAAGAAAGGGAGUUACCCUGACCCAGUAUGGUCAUUAUAUGUUUGUGACAAGAAUUAUAAGGCAAGGAUCACUAAACAUUAUAAGGACUAAGAUACCAGAGUCAGUAGGAUAUAGGAUAUAAAGAGAAAGUCUGGUCUUUAAUGACUUGAAAUGUAUUACUUACAUUCUACUCUAUGUCUAUAUCUAUAUCUGUAUCUAUAUAGAUACAUGACAUGCUGACAAAUUGGCUCCUCACAAACCUUGUUUUAAAGACCCAUAGGAGGUGACUUUCCAUACCAUCAGAUCUCACCUCUUAAUAACCAAAUGUUAACCUCCAGUCUUUGAUUUCUUUUAGUAAUUGUAAGGAGAGAAAGUGAAGCCCCCAAAGUGUAGAUACAGUGAUUGUACCCAACAGAAAGGCAUUUUGGAAUCCUAGGGCCUUCUACAGAAGGGGCAUCUUUUAGGUCAUUUCUGGUAAACCAGUGUCUUCUCUACCUUCAUCCAGAACCAGUUCCCUUGGACGAAAAAUAAAAUAAGCAACAGCCAUCAACUGGGUGAAGAGAUUUGAGUGAUUUUUUUCCCACAGAGAAACUCCCAUCUUCCUCCCAACUCUCUCUGCCACAUAUCUACCCUAUCCUAUUCCAUUUAAAUAAAAAAUGUCUCUGUGUUCUCUCUGGGAAAAAUGUAAAGUAGGAAAGACCAUCUUCAGGAACCUGUCAGCUUUUUCCAUCUGUGGUGCCUCUACCUUGUUCAGAGCUCAAGUAUCCUUGCUUUUUUACCCAUCAGAGUAUCUCUGCAAAGAAUUCCUUACAAUGGACAAUGUAACCCAAAGGGUUAGCUUUUCCCAGAGCGACUUACAUUUUAAGCUGUAGCUCUGAGAGUGGAAGUGGAAGGAAAAGAUUUCCCUUGUUAAAGUGAUGUUAUGUCUUCAGGGUUCAAUCUGGGACAAAAUCCUUUCCUUUUCCAGAACUUCUACAAUCAAACCACUAUUUCCUAUUUCCAUAAAGGGUAAAGUGAGCCCUGACACAGAACCAGAGGUGCCAGAAGAUAGGUUCUUUCCAUCUGUCUACAGAUGGGUGUACUGGGUGGGGAUGAGUGGGGAUGAGCAACAACAAAAAAGUGAAAUCUAUUCCCUUAGCUCCCUUAGAUCCCCUGAGCUGGCAAAGUUUACUUCUAUUCCUUGGAGUGCUAUACUAGGCCAUGGGUAUCAAAAUGCAGUCUUUGGACCAGCAGCAUCAACAUCACCUAGGAACUUGUCUUAAAAAUGCAAAUUCUUACCCCAGACCAAAUUAAUCAGAACCUCUGAGGCUGGAACCCAACAUUCAGUCUUUUAACAUGCCUUCCAGGAUAUUUGAUGUAGGCUAAAGUUUGAGAACCACUGGCUAAGAGAUUCAAAUUCCAUUUCAAUCAGUGGUCUCUCGCCCUGUUCAAAUAGGGAGAGAUGGAAUCUUCACACUUCUGUUCUCAAAGAUUUAUUUUCUGCAAACUCCCUAGGCUAGUUGCUCCUCAGUUCUGUUCCUCUUGAGUCCCAAGGUUUUUCCUCACCCUCAAGUCAGUGAAGGAACUGAGUUAGUCACAAAUUUCUGAAACUGGUGGGGUAACUACCAAGCUAUUGUAACUGGUUGGGGCUGGAGCUUCUAAAAUGGGCACUGAGGAUUUAUGGGUUCAGAAAUCUGAAGAGAUAAAAAGGAACAGAUACCUCAAAGAGGGUAAAUGCAAUGUAAAACUGAGAAACGGACAUGCAAAGAAAUGGUCCCCCUUUGCUAGUCCUUUUUCAGGCUUAAUAAGUUGCCCUGGAGGCACAUGGGGUGGGCAUUCAGGUAGAGAGAAAGGCCAGCUGUCCCAAGCUGUUAAGGACCCAAGUUUUCUUACCUCACAAUUGCACUGGAGACCAAUGAGAUGCCAUGCAAGGGAUUUCUAACCAUGCUUUGGCCUACCAUGUGGACAAGGGCAGCAGGAGGAUCAGAGAGCCCCGAGGACAUAAGAGGAAACCAGGCUCAUUUUAGUAAGAUAUGACACAAGCAAGAUUUGAACCCAGACUCUGUUUAGUAGGUAGAGGUUGUAACCAAUUAAGCCAUUGUGCCUAUGUCAAAAAUACAUUCUACUGCUUUGAAGAUUCUGUCCAAUUUAGGCUACAGGAAGGGAUCUGUCUUGCAGGCCUCUGUUACCUCUUCCACCUCCUCUCCUAGGCAUACCCAUGAGGACUGAUGAACUGACAGUUGCCAACCUGCGACCUCUGUGGGGCUCUGGGUCAAAAGGUUAGAGUGCAAAACUCUAGGGAAGGGGAUCAGCCCCUGUCCCCUAAGGCAGAAAACCUUGGCUACUGCUUUCUUCAACCCCAGGCCUCCAGCUCUCUCCCUCUCUCCUUUCCUGUCACUGCCUCCAUUUGCCUAAUAAGCAGAGCUCUUCCUCCACUCUUUGCUCCUACUUCUCUUUUUCAGUUGGUUUUGUUUUGUUUUGUUUUGCCUGCAGAAUGCCACACCUUCCCAAGGGUAUUUGUUCUACCCAAUCUCUAUCCUUCUUCCUUCGUAGUUUCUCUCUUCAAGCCUCUAGCCAGUUGCAUUCCAUCAUGAGCCCACUGCCUACUUUAGCCACUAAGCAGGGUCCAUUCCUCGUACUUCCCACUUUCUUCCCUCAGAUUCUUGGCUUGGCUAUAUUAGCUCAGCUGCCGUCUCCCCACUCUACCUCUCUCUCUCAUACAUACCUCCCCAUAUCCGAACUUGGCCAGGGUUGCCUGUACUGCCAAAUCCAGGCCCUUUACUCCAUUCCCUACAGACGCUUCUUCCCUUGAUGUAGCUUCCAAAAUGGCUUUCUACUUUUUGCGAUUUUGAUUUACUCAUUCCCUUCCUAGCUCUUCCUGAGAAUCAGUUUUAAUUUGACGAGCCAUUUUUUGUGUGCCUCCUAUGUGCUGGGCAUUGGCUGUUGAAGGCAUGAGAGAUCAAGUACGACUGCCGUCCCCAUACUCAGUAUGUUCCUCAGCCGACCCCGCCACUGCCACCACUUUCCUGCCACACCUCAUGACACUGUGUGCCAAGGCACCCUCUUAUGGAGGCUUUGGGUAUGCGUACCCACUUGCCAUCCAGCCCAACUGCCCCUGUGCUUGCCAGAUUUCUAGCUAUUGUCUGAGUUGCUUCCCUCUAAGCACUGUGACCUGCCCACAGGUUACCCAAUGAGGACUUACAUCUGUAUCCUUAAGGAUCUAUAAUAUGCUCUUAUGGUCCCUGUCAGUUGAAUAAAGGAUGUAUUGGCUGUGUCACUGA